UAACGUAGCUUAACACCGUUAGCUCGAUGCUAGUUUUUACUGUCGCUAACUCCCUCUGAAUGUCGGGUUAAACCGCCGUGAAAAAGUCUGGUUCUAUGUAGGAUAAGACGGUUACUGAUGCUGCUGCCAUGCAGUCAGUGCUGGGCUCUGAACAUCGAAAGUCGCAGAAUUCUGGUUCUUCUGUACCAUGCGCCCUUUGGCCAGUGGACCUCAAGUUAACUCACUUGGACUGGAACCCUGAAGCAACCCUGAUACACUUCCAGGGACAGUACCUGACCAUAUGUGACCUUGACUAUAACAUCUUGCAAGGGGAAAUACAGAACGUACCAAAGACUAAAGCUGCAGUGGACAUUGGAGAGUUUUGCCUCGUGGAGGAUUUGACUUCAGCUCGCUGGUACAGAGGAAGAGUUCAGAACCGAAAAGAGGACUUGUUUGAUGUUUUCCUCAUAGAUCGCGGCAACGUCUUGAGCGUUGACAUUGCCAACAUAUCUUCCUGUUCAAACGACCUGUUCAUCCUGCCUCCCAAGAUAGUUUGUGGCUUUCUUGCGAAUGUCCUGCUGCUUCAAGGUUGUUCUCAUUCUGUAGUGGAGGAGUACUUCUCAAGCCUGAUUGGAAGAGAUGUCACAGGCUACAUCCAAGCACUCCUGCCCCACAAAGUGCUCCUGUUGGAAGCCCCUGACAUCAACAUCGACUUUGUUAAACAUGGGUUUGGGAGGCAUGUGGACACAGCUACUUUCCUCCUCUUGGUUGAGAUGCUCACGGAGGUGCCACUCAAACAAAAUGUUGAACCAGUUCCCGACUUGCUCAUUGAAAAGCAGAGGGGACAAGAAUUUUGUUUCAAACCAUCUGGUUUGCAGGGAUACGAAGACAUUCUGUCAUUCUGUGGGCCAAGAUUGAGUUGUGGGACACGUGCUAAAGUGCGUGUAACUGCUGCUGUCAACCCUGGGCUGUUUUACUGUCAGAUGGUCAGUAUGGAAACCGAACUUUGGGAAAUGUCAAAGAAGCUGGCUGCUGUUUGUGAGUACAGAACCAAAGAAUGCAAUCAGAAGACUCCAGAAAACCUGGGUUUACUGUGCUCAGUUAAAGGCAAAGAUGGGAAAUGGUAUAGAGGCUUUGUGCAGUUUCUCCCAGUUAACUCUCAAGUUAGAGUUUUGUUCAUUGACUACGGGUUCAUUGAAUCUGUCAAAGUUGAGAAUGUCCACAGGUUGCCACCUGAUUUCGAUUCAACACCCAUCAUGGCGUUCCCAUGCUCGCUCUUUUGCCUUAGUGAUCAGGAAGAGGCCGUCAAAACUGAGCAGUUGAGCUUUCUCAAGGCAGGCUUGCUUGGAAGAGUGUUAGAUGUGGAGAUCAAACGUUUUGACAAACAGCAACAUCUUUACUCUAUCACAGUAUUUGGUGCUGAAGAUAAUCAUGUGAAGGGACCUGAGCCCAUUCAGGAGCUUCCUAGAAUCAAGAGUCAGUCAGUUUUUGAGACAGAAGAACUGUCACCUCAGGGUGGCUAUUUAUACUAUGAGACAAUCAUGUGUGAAGCAUUGGGUAAAACACUGGAAACAGAAGAGGUACAAGUAGACGCUGUCUUUGUGGGUUAUGUUGAAUAUGUUCAAAAUCCACACCACUUCUGGAUCCGAACACAGAAACGCAAUGAUGACUUUCAAGAAAUGAUGAGAGAAAUGGCGGAUCACUUCAGUGAAAUAAAGAUGGAUGAAGACGUGCUGUUGAAUCCUGUGCUUGGGACACUGUGCUGUGCAGUUUAUGAGGAAGACAUGCAUUUCUACAGGGCUGUAGUGACAGACACUCUUGAGCAUGGAUCUGAGGUCCUUUUCAUCGAUUUUGGGAACAUCGAGAAAGUGCCACACAUGUUGAUCAAGAAGAUACCAAAGACAUUUGCCAGCAAAUCAGCAUUUGCCUUCUGUUGUUCUCUUGCUAAUGUUAUUCCUUUGGGUGACGUCUGGACAAGCACUACCGGUGACUUUUUCAGAAGAGCUGUGUCAAACAAAGCCCUGCUUGUCCGUGUUGUCCAGAUGAGAAAAAACAAAUUUGUUGUUGAUCUCUAUGCAAUGGGAAGUGACAAUCAAAGUAUCACUGAGUUCCUGAUCUCUUCAAAUCAAGCUGAAUACUGGAACAACAUUCCCAUCGAGCCCAUGGUGCCUGAAAAAACAAGGUGCCAACGGUAUUGUGUGACAUCAGACAUGAAUGGGAAUACAGAGCAAUUUGACGAUUGGGAGAAGGAAGAGAAAACAUGUAAAAAUGAAAUCCAGAAGACCCAAGCCCCUGCUAGCUUCAAACCAUUAAGCAUCAAGCCAGGGUGUGAGUUUCCUGUGUGUUGCUCUUACAUCAAAUCACCAGCAGAUUUCUGGUGCCAGCGUCUAGAUAAGGUUCCAGCUUUGGAGGGACUUAUGGAUCAAAUUCAGCUAUUUUACUCAACUCACACAGUCACCCUCCAAUCAGGGGAUUCAUGUUGUGUUGCCAAGUCACCUGUGGAUGGAAGAUGGUACAGGGCCUUCAUCACAGAGAAACAAAAAGGUCAUGCCACGGUAAUGUUGGUUGACUAUGGCUUUACCAUACAAAUCAAGGAGCACAAUCUUGAAGCAAUAAUGCCAGAGUUUGUUUGUUUGGAAGGACAAGCCUUCAGGUGCAGCCUUUACAACCUGAUCGAACCUGCUGACCCCAAAAACAGUUGGAAUUGGGGUCCAGAGGUGUGUAAUUCGCUGAAAGGUUUUGUCCAUGACAGCACCCGUGGUCUAAGAUGUAAAGUUGUCUCUCUGUUAAAUGUGAAAAACAAAGGGCUGUGCAAUGUUGUUGACCUGUACAACACCCAAACCCAACAGAGCAUAACAAAUUUGCUCAUGGAACAGGGCCUGGCAAGAGAAGCCACAAUCUCAACAAAGCAACUGUCAGCAGUGAUUCCUGAGUCUUUUGUCUUCUCUUCACAUGAUAUAAGUCCUGGAAAUGAAGAACAAGUCUACGUAACUUACGUUAGCAGUCAGUGGGAGUUCUACUGCCACCUUGAGAGAAACACUGACAUCAUAGAAGAGCUUGAAAAGAAAAUCUCUGAGGAGAGUGAGAAAAUGAUGCAAGCCAGUACGAGAGCUGUUGUGAGGAAGCUGUGCCUGGCAAAAUACUUUGAUGGCAAAUGGUACAGGGGCUUGGCACAUCCUGUUCAGUCGCCUCUGCAUCUCAGUGUGUUUUUUGUGGACUAUGGAAACACAAACAUAUCUGAGAAAACCCAUGUCAUGUAUAUCCCCAGACACUCUACUGAUCUGUUGUACACUCCCAUGCAGGCUGUGAGAUGUAGCCUUGCUUCAGUGUCCAAGAAAGAGCUCUAUGCAGAUGCCAAGAAAUGGCUCCAUGAUGUAGUCCUCAACAAGCAAGUGAGAGCUCUCAUAGUUGGAAAGAACGAAGAUGGUUCAUUUGAUGUUGAACUGUUUGAUGGAGAUGUUAACAUCAAUGAGAAGGUAAAGGAGCUCAUUCUCAGUCUUUUACCUAAACCAAAGACGGUUGGGAGUGUUGACAUAAGCAGCACAAAAACAAAACAUAAAACUCUCCACACAAGAAACACAAAGAUGUCAGUCAAGCACACAAGUCAACGUGAAGGGCAUUCUACACGUUUUCCCACAUUGAAUGCCAACAGAGGAGCUGCAGUUGGUAGUGUACCACACCGAAAGAAAAACACAAAAGUUCAAGGGAUUGCUCAAAGCAAGAACGCAACAGUAAAACAGCAAAAUGAGGACAGUACAAAAACCUGUCUCUCUGUAAAACCUCAGAAAAAAUCAAAAACUCAAUUAAUACAACAAAACACAAAGUCAGAACCACCACAAUAUACAAAGGAAACCGAGAUCCCUCAGCUCUUGUGUUUGCCCGACAUGAAAGUGAGCAAAGGUUUCAGGGCAAAGUGUUUUGUCUCCCAUAUCGAAUCUGUCAACUGUUUUUUCCUUCAACUGUCAGAAGAUGAACCUGCCCUCUUGAAAAUGGGAGAAGAUCUCAACUCGGUUAUCUUCAGAAAGACUACCACACCUUUGAGAAUUAAUGACCUUGUUCUGGCUGAGUAUGAGGAAGACGGCGCUCUUUAUCGUUCUGCUGUAAAGGACUAUGAAGGAAGUUCCAGUUUCAAAGUUGAGUUUGUGGACUAUGGAAACUCAGCAGUCAUAGGGAUGGAGAAGAUCUACUCAAUACCAAAGGAGUAUCUCUCUCAGCCAAGAUUCAGCAUACCAUGCUCCCUGUUGGACACAAGCACAUACAAAAGUGAUACUUCUUUCACUGAUGCUGUAAUGGACAAGCCUCUGGUUGUUGAUUUUGUCCGUCAAUGUGGCACUCAAUGGGAAGUCACUGUUGAGAUUCUUGAUGGAGUUGGUCUUCCAGCGCCACUUGAUGCCGCUGUUGAAAGUAGCACUGAAACUGAAAAGGAAGAGGAGCCAUCUGCUAGUUCAUCUGAAAUAAAAGAAAGUGUGAGAUCCUGCGAACAGAACUACGUAAGAGAAGUGGCUAAAAAUGAAACUGCUAAAGAAAGAAUGAUGCCUACUGUUGAUAAACCACCACCACCUACCUGUCACCCAAAACUGAAUGUAAGAAUCUGCAGGAGCCAUAGAAGAAGACCCACCAGAUACAAGUGUUAUUCUCAGAAGAAUCCAAGGAAAAGCGAGGAAUCCUCUGUCGAAGCCAAGAGUGAUUGUACAGAUGGAAUCAUACCACUAACUAUUCAAGCCAAAGACACAGAAAAUUGUAGAAUUCUGUCGGUUCUGAGUAACAGCAACUUUUACGUCAGACUAAAUAGGACCAAUGAAGCGCUCUCUGCAUUGAAAAGUCGCAUAGCUGACAACCUACACAAGUACGAGAUAGUGGCUGAAGAAGAGGUCCAACAAGGCUUCAAGUGUUUAGUUCAAGUACACAAGGACAAGCAGUGGCACAGGGCUACUGUUCAACAUGUAUGCCAGGGGAAAUGCCAGGUCCUCCUCAUGGAUCAUGGAACAACAGAAGAAAUUCCAAGUUGCUCAAUCAGACGACAGGAUAGUAACCUGACAAACAUCCCAAACCUUGCAGUUCAGUGCAAGGUGAACUGCUUUGGGUUCAGUGAGGGAGAGGGUGCUUACAAAUCGUGGUGUGAAACUCUCAAGCCAAUGAUAGGCAAAGAAGUCAAGCUGGUGUUUGUGUGUUAUUCAGAAGCUGAUAAACUCUGGAGUGUUGAAAUAAUCAUGAAUGGACUGUUCCUCAUUCGUCAAAUCACAACCUCACUGCAGCAGGAUGAAGAGAUGAUCCCACCUCCCGCUGAAACCAGAAACGACGAAGCAGAAGGAAAAUCGACCUUGGACACAAGCCAACCUCAGCAACUUGUCUUCGCUCCCAUUGAUACAGACAAAGCGUACUCUGGCUUUGCUGCUGCAGUGACAACUCCCUUCGAGUUUUGUGUUGUUCUGGAGGACUUGCUUCUUGUCAUGAGCAAAGUGUCCUUAAUGUUGGACGACCUACCUGAGCAGAUGUCUCCUCUUCCUGAAGCCAACCUCGUCCCUGGCACCUGCUGCCUUUUGAAAUCAGACACCAAGAACAAGUGGUGCAGGGCAGAAAUUGUACACUUUGACCCCACAGCGAUCCUAAACCUGGUGGAUUACGGCCAUUACGAAUGCGUGCCAUAUGAAAACUUCUCCAAGCUGAAGAGGCUUCCAGUGGAGCUAACGUCCCUGCCCAAGGUGACGUACCCUUGCAUCAUGAGAGGGGUGAAGCCGGUUGGAGCGGACGGACAGUGGACCGAUGAAGCAGCAGUCUUCUUCCAGCAGUGUUUGUGUCAGAAGAAUCUCCAAAUCUUCUUCAGAGAGUUUGUGUCAAACACACACUGGAAGGUGGACAUUCUGGCCGACGGAGUCCAUGUUGCCAAGGAGCUGGUGGAUGCUGGACACGCCGGUUAUAUAGACGUCAUGCUAGGACUCAGGUUCCAGGAACAAAGCCCCUGUAAAGCUGCUUCUCAUAGCCCUGGUAGUGAGGAAGAGUGUGGUGAGGAAGAAGUCGUCUCGGACAGGAAGUCAUGUCCUUUCUGUUGAGUCUACCGAUGAAGCAGAGGAGAAGAUACCGCGAUCUAGGGAAUGUUUUCUGAUGUGAACUGUCUGGUUGGUCGGCUAAAAUGAGCAGAGAGGGUCCGGCUGUACGUUAACUGGACACAGCGAUUCCUGUGAACCAGCGUCCGAUUAAUGCAAGUGAGAUGCUUCUUGUUGGAUGUUUUACCUGAAUGUCGAGCACUCUGAGUGAGAACUGCUGUAGAAAUCUACAAAAAAAAAGGGAUUAAUGUGAAUUGACUAGUAUUUAUUUAUGACGAAACUGAUUUAUUUUGUUGCCUUUCAGUACCUGUUGAAGAUAUAAGUCAGCAGCACCAUGUUUAUUUCUUUUAAGUCACCAGAAGUCUGUUAGUGAACAGUUCAAAUAUCUUUUUCACUUGUCUCUUAUAGUUUAAAGGAGUUGUUGUCAUCGUACAUUAAUGUUUCAUGUGUUGAUGGAUGUUAAGUUCAUUUUGUGUAUAUAUUUUAUAGUUUAGAAUGCUGUAUGUUAUAUUAAAUGGGACAAUGAGAGCUGCAGUGUUUGCCUUGAUGAGGUGAACUAAAUAUAAAGUAGCCAAUCAGACAUUUUGUUUGAAUUAAUUUUAGAUUACACAUUUUAUAUGACAUUUGUAAAUGGAUCUACUUUGUACAUUUUGAGUUUUGUGAGAAAUAUUUUUUCUAGGUUAAACAAACUGAAGCAGUUACUGACUGUUGAGUGCUUCUUGUAGUUUGGUUUCAGCCUUUUUACAGUUGGUUGUGUUUAAUAAAUAUUAAGGUGAAUGCAAUGAAUCCUUUUCAGUUGCAAAAUUAAAUCUUUUUUGAGAUGAA